GGGGGCGGGCUCUUCCGGAAGGUUCGGGAGCCUUCUGGAACGAGCGCCGCGCGCAGGGCGGGCCUGCGUCUAUAUAAGGGCGGCGGCGCGGGGGCGGCGCGCCAGUUGCUCCUGCGUCCUGUGACGAGUCGUUGCGGAGCCGCGUCCCUCAGUCAAGAUGCCGGAGGAAGCGCAGACCCAGGACCAGCCCAUGGAGGAGGAGGAGGUGGAGACCUUCGCCUUCCAGGCGGAGAUCGCGCAGCUCAUGUCGCUCAUCAUCAACACUUUCUACUCGAACAAAGAGAUCUUCCUGCGGGAGCUCAUCUCCAACUCCUCCGACGCGCUGGACAAGAUCCGCUACGAGAGCCUCACGGACCCGAGCAAGCUGGACUCGGGCAAGGAGCUGCACAUCAACCUGCUGCCCAGCAAGCAGGACCGCACCCUCACCAUCGUGGACACGGGCAUCGGCAUGACCAAGGCCGACCUCAUCAACAACCUGGGCACCAUCGCCAAGUCCGGCACCAAGGCCUUCAUGGAGGCGCUGCAGGCCGGGGCCGACAUCUCCAUGAUCGGCCAGUUCGGGGUCGGCUUCUACUCGGCCUACCUGGUGGCCGAGAAGGUGACGGUCAUCACCAAACACAACGACGACGAGCAGUACGCCUGGGAGUCCUCCGCCGGGGGCUCCUUCACCGUGCGCACUGACGUGGGGGAACCUAUGGGCCGGGGUACAAAGGUUAUCUUGCAUCUGAAAGAGGAUCAAACUGAGUACCUGGAAGAAAGGAGAAUAAAGGAGAUUGUAAAGAAGCACUCUCAGUUUAUUGGAUACCCUAUCACUCUUUUUGUGGAAAAGGAACGUGAUAAAGAAGUUAGCGAUGAUGAGGCUGAAGAGAAGGAAGACAAGGAGGAGGAAAAGGAGAAGGAAGAAAAAGAGGCUGAUGACAAACCCGAAAUAGAAGAUGUUGGAUCUGAUGAAGAGGAAGAGGAAAAGAAGGAUGGUGACAAGAAGAAGAAAAAGAAGAUCAAGGAGAAGUACAUUGACCAAGAGGAAUUGAACAAAACUAAGCCUAUCUGGACCAGAAAUCCAGAUGAUAUUACCAAUGAAGAGUAUGGAGAAUUCUACAAGAGCUUGACCAAUGACUGGGAGGACCACUUGGCAGUGAAGCAUUUUUCAGUUGAAGGACAAUUGGAAUUCCGAGCCCUUCUCUUUGUCCCAAGACGUGCUCCUUUUGACCUGUUUGAAAACAGGAAGAAAAAGAACAACAUUAAGUUGUAUGUUCGCAGAGUUUUCAUCAUGGAUAACUGUGAGGAACUAAUCCCCGAAUAUCUGAAUUUCAUUAGAGGCGUGGUGGAUUCGGAAGACCUACCUUUGAAUAUUUCCCGGGAGAUGUUACAACAAAGCAAAAUUCUGAAAGUUAUCCGAAAGAAUCUGGUCAAAAAAUGCUUAGAACUCUUCACUGAACUGGCGGAAGAUAAAGAGAACUACAAGAAGUUUUAUGAGCAGUUUUCUAAGAAUAUUAAGCUUGGAAUACAUGAGGAUUCUCAAAACCGAAAGAAACUCUCAGAGCUGCUGAGAUACUACACAUCUGCUUCUGGUGAUGAGAUGGUUUCUCUCAAGGACUAUUGCACAAGAAUGAAGGAAAACCAGAAGCAUAUCUAUUACAUCACAGGUGAGACCAAGGACCAAGUGGCUAACUCAGCCUUUGUGGAACGCCUUCGGAAGCACGGCUUGGAAGUCAUCUAUAUGAUCGAGCCCAUUGAUGAAUACUGCGUCCAACAACUGAAAGAAUUUGAAGGGAAGACUUUAGUGUCUGUCACCAAAGAGGGUUUGGAACUCCCAGAAGAUGAAGAGGAGAAAAAGAAACAGGAAGAGAAAAAAACAAAAUUUGAAAAUCUCUGCAAGAUUAUGAAAGACAUCUUGGAGAAAAAAGUGGAGAAGGUGGUUGUGUCAAACCGAUUGGUGACGUCCCCGUGCUGCAUCGUCACGAGCACGUACGGCUGGACAGCGAACAUGGAGAGGAUCAUGAAGGCGCAGGCCUUGAGGGACAACUCCACCAUGGGCUACAUGGCGGCGAAGAAGCACCUGGAGAUCAACCCCGACCACUCUAUCAUUGAGACCCUGCGGCAAAAGGCAGAGGCCGACAAGAACGACAAGUCAGUGAAGGAUCUGGUCAUCUUGCUGUACGAGACGGCGCUCCUGUCUUCCGGCUUCAGUCUGGAAGACCCGCAGACCCACGCCAACAGGAUCUACAGGAUGAUCAAACUUGGUCUCGGCAUUGACGAAGACGACCCCGCGGCUGAUGAGAGCAGCACCGCUGUCAGCGAGGAGAUGCCGCCCCUGGAGGGAGACGACGACACUUCGCGCAUGGAAGAAGUGGACUAAGCCGAGUCCCGCCUCCCCGUCCUCCACCCCUCCGCUACUGUACUCGCAAGGACUUUUGUUUUCCUCGUUCUGUUUAACCUUUGAAAAAAGAUGUGUACGGCAUGACCAAACUACUUAAGGGAGAGAGAAGUUUUCUUUCUAAGUGUGAUACUGUGAUGCUUUCGCCAGUAGAGCCGAGCUAGUUCUUUGUAGUUUCACGUUGGCUUACCUUGACAGAUUGUUGUCAGUACACUAACCUAGUGCUGACUUUGCGGUCUAAUGUGUUUAGCUAUCAAGAGGAUACCUGUGUAAACCACAAUCCUUUAGUCGCUGAAGUGUUCUGACCUUGAUGUUUUAAGGGGAGUCAAAGACAACUGUCACCUCGUAGACACUUUGUGAAUCCUCCAUCCCCUCUAGCUGUCACUGCAUGUGCCAGGCCCGUAGAAACCCACUGAGCGCCCUUGGUGGGAGUAACCUGUGGGGCUUGUUUGCCAAAGAAAAGCGCUGUUUCAAGUAGCAAAGCCUACCCAGGCACGUGUUCAAAAACACUCAGCAAGUUCUGUGAAUGGAAAUGGAGUGCUCAAUGUGAUGUUAACUUUAAAAGGUUGUAACAAAUACAGAUUGAUUAAAA